CGUGGUUGUUGAUUUGCUGGAAUUUUUGACAAUUAACGACAUUGCCAAAAAACUUAGUAGGUGUAAUUGUGACUUUAGCUUCCGAAAGUAAAAAUUUCACUUCACUGAAAAGUAAAAUUGAACAGAGCAAGACCAAAAGCCAAAAGAUCCCCAGGGAGCAUUGAGUGUAAGAAAAUAAACGAAGUGCUGCGACAAAACUAAUAAUAUUCCCCCAAGAUAACCAGCAAGAGGAAUACGCAUAAAACCAUUCACGAUGUCUGAUCGCAAGGCGGUGAUCAAGAAUGCAGACAUGAGCGAGGAGAUGCAGCAGGACGCUGUCGACUGCGCCACCCAGGCUUUGGAGAAGUACAACAUCGAGAAGGACAUUGCCGCCUACAUUAAGAAGGAGUUCGACAAGAAGUACAAUCCCACCUGGCACUGCAUCGUCGGCCGCAACUUCGGAUCCUAUGUGACCCAUGAGACUCGCCACUUCAUUUACUUCUACUUGGGCCAAGUGGCCAUUCUGCUCUUCAAGAGCGGUUAACUGCCCCAUACACAACCCAUCCCACAAAAAGCAAUUGGCGCCCAACGUUGUUUACCGGAGGAGCAUGCCAAGUACUACACUUUCCUUGAAUUGUAACCUCGGCCGAGGGUUACUCAACUUACUCGUUAAUAUUGUUUGCCCAAAUUCUAAAUGCCCUGCCAGUGCUGACUCAUUCUGAAAUUAAUUAAACUGAAUGCUUGCUUAA